AUGGCAGACAACGAACGCGAGGAGGACUCGGCGCCGUACUACUGCAUCACAGAGGCCCGGUGCAGACUGUGCCAGUUCGCGUUGAACGACAAUGAGCUGGUUUACGCAGCCGUCAGCGAUGAUCGCGUUUCAGGCGAAUUCGAGUUUCAACAGCACCUGUCCAUUUACGACGAGGACCUAGACAUCAACAUUCACUUGUGCCUCGGUGACCAUUGCCUAUCCCGCACCAAAGCGACCGUGUGCUUCCACUCCCGCUGCUACGAAUUCCGUUCCUAUCCAGUCACUCUAGCAUUCCUUGCCGCUACCAAGUACGCCUUUGUCGCACUAGCCCAUGAAGAGCGACGACGAGCCGACUAUAUCCAGCGGGCUUUGGCUCAGAACCUUGAUGUGAUUGGCGAUUCUGUGCUCGACCUGACACAGCCGGUGUACUCAACAUACGUCAAGGUGGACGGCCGAUACUACGUCCGAAGUUUACUGAACGCACCUGGAACUGACGCCAGCAAGCAAGCGUACCUCUUACUCCCAGCUCGAACCGAGAAGCAAGGGCCGGACGGCGACGAUGGAAGCAAAGAUUUGUUUGUGGCAGAGGAUCACGUUGGGAUCCGUCGAGUCAUCUUCGUCUCGCCCAACCGCCGUGACGAAUGGUGUAGAAGCCACCCCAGCGUCCCCGGUGCUUGGUGGAGACACAUUCCUCACGAGAGGAUUCCCUCUGCUGUCGCCAUCAAGACCAACGGCCUGAUGGUGAGGAAGAUCUAG